AGCCCACACUGCCCUCCUUUGAACCACUGCAGCAUGUAGAGCAGACCCUGCUGGUGGAAGGUGUGCUGAGAGCCAGCAUGGGCAACUUCAAGUCCCGCAAACCCAAAUCCAUCUUCAGAGCUGAGAAUGGAAGGAACCACGGAGAAAGUCAGGAGUUGGAGCAUGCACUGCCCAGCCAGUCGGAGUGCCGGGCACGAGCAGGAAUGCCCACUCAGGAGAGUCCACAGAGCCACACCUUUGGAGGCCAGGAGGCAGCGCGGCCUCGACCCAGAAUAGACCAGAGGACUGCCAUUUGUCCCAAGGAUGCUCUUGAAACACGGCAGGACUUAAAUGAGGAAGAAGCUCCUCAGGUGCAUGCAGGCAAGAACCCGACUCCAGCGCCCACCCAGAGCGUGCCUGCCGAGGGGGCUGAUGCUGCAGACCCUGCUCCAUUCCUCAAAGAUGGACAGAGUGAAGCAGAGAGUACACCAGAAGACCUCCAGUCUUUUGGGACCAGCAGACUACUCUAUCACAUCACUGAUGGUGACAAUCCACUGCUGUCACCGCGAUGCUCCAUCUUCAGCCAAAGCCAGAGAUUCAACUUAGACCCUGAAUCAGCCCCUUCUCCACCCAGCACUCAGCAAUUUAUGAUGCCCCGAAGUUCUUCACGGUGCAGCUGUGGUGAUGGAAAGGAACCACAGACCAUUACCCAGCUCACCAAACACAUUCAGAGCCUCAAGCGGAAAAUUCGCAAAUUUGAAGAAAAAUUUGAACAAGAAAAGAAAUACCGGCCUUCACAUGGUGACAAAACUUCUAAUCCUGAAGUUCUGAAAUGGAUGAAUGACUUGGCUAAAGGUCGUAAACAGCUCAAAGAACUAAAACUGAAGCUGUCAGAAGAACAAGGGAGUGCCCCCAAAGUUCUUUCUAGAAAUUUGUCCUGUGGGCAAUCCACAGUCCUCAGAGAGAGUGGAAAGCCAGACGCUAUGGGCCCUGAGCCAAGUUCCUCUGGAGAGGAGACUCCAGAUUCGGUGUUGACAAGCCUGAAGGACAAGGGAGAAAAGCUUCCUUCCCAGGAGGAUUCUAAGGUAACUAAGCAAGACAAAAACCUCAUAAAGCCUCUUUAUGACCGAUACAGAAUUAUCAAGCAAAUCUUGUCAACACCUUCUCUUAUUCCAACAAUUCAUGAAGAAGAAGACUCUGAUGAAGAUUGUCCACAAGGAAGCCAGCAAUCUUCUUUGCCAGAGCAAACAUGUCACCUUGCUGUUGGUGAUCAUCUUAUCUACUCUAAUGAGAGUGAACCUACUCGGGUAUUGAUACCAGAUGAAAAGAAAGAAAUCAAACAAUCAACACUUUCCAUGUCCAAUUUACACGAGGCCACCAUGCCUGUACUUCUUGACCAUCUCCGAGAAACUAGGGCUGACAAGAAGAGACUUCGGAAAGCCUUAAGAGAAUUUGAAGAACAGUUUUUUAAACAAACAGGAAGAAGUCCACAAAAGGAAGAUAGAAUACCAAUGGCAGAUGAGUACUAUGAAUACAAGCACAUAAAGGCCAAACUGAGACUUUUAGAGGUCCUCAUCAGCAAGCAAGACGUGGCCAAAACUAUUUGAGGUUUAAGAAAUGUUUGUGAUUACCUUAACCCAAGAAAAACUUAAGUUGAUUUUCCUCUGCUAAUCUUGCUAUGUGGUUUCAACAUAUGGAAAACUGAAGCACUUUAAUGGAAGUAUUGUUUUUGAGAAAGUAUGACAACUAUAAUUAAAAAUGAGAAGGAAUUUGAAUGAGGGGAUAUACCACAAAUAACAUAAUUGGAGGGAGUCAGUUCCUUUGUGUCAAGGAGAGAAAACCCAGUCUCUCUAAUUAUUUAAUGUCCAAUAUUUUCUCAAAUUUAAAUGACAUGUAACAUCCAGCUUUUCAAUAGCCCACUUGUUAGGGAAGUAGGGAAAUAUCUUCUAGUGUCCAAAGAUGGCUUAUGUUGAUACAUAGGAAUAUGAUUUUUAAAAUAUCAGUAAGAAGAGGCAAACUCUAAUUUUUAUGUGUGAAGGAAUAUAUCUAAUAAGAAAGUAGUUUGUUGGAAAUGUCUAAUAGAGUUUUAAGUGAUUAAAAAAUAAACUACCUUGUCCCUUAAGUCUAAUAGAUCUUUAGUAUCCUAAAACACUCUAGAAUAUGUCACUGCUAAUUUUUUAUUUCUACAUAAAAAUAGCAAUUAUUUUCUGUUAUCUGAAAAUUUACAUUUCUGAUUACCAAAGUUAAUUCUGAGAGCAUGUACUUUGUGAAUUAUCUUUGUCUAUAACUGAGAGUUGUUUAUAUUAAAAUAAAAUUGUAUUAAAAUUUAAAAAUAGGUAUUUUGGAUAGAGACUUGUCUGUAGUAAAUAAUGUGAUCAUAGGUAUGACUGCUAAUUUUUGUUUACUAUAUCUUAAAGUAUAUGACUAUUUUUCCAUUGGGAAUACACAUUUUUCUUAAUGUUCCAAGGUCUCUACUUUGUAAGGUCUAAAAGAUUUCUCAUGAGCCGUAGCUUCAUUCUGUAUGAAAGGUUUGAAAAUUGUCAUGAUACCUUUAAGAAGCUAGAAUAUUUUAUUCACUUCAUCAGAUUUAGUGUAUAUUGUUUUGUUAUGUUCUACUGAAACACAUUAAUUUUACUUUUGUAAAAAUUAGUAAAUGAUUGACAUUUUUUUCUUGUACCAACCAUGUUUGUACUUAUAUUUUUCUGUAAUGUUUAAGCAUGAAGUUGAAGAAAUUCACAUGUUCAUAUAGUUUGGAUAGAAAGAAUAAUGAUUAUUUCAGAAGCAGAUUAUUUCAGAGGCUUAAUGUUUCUCUGUAUUAGCUGGUAUUUUAUAACUUUUAUGAAUCAGAAUAUUGUCCUUCGUAAAGCUGUUUAAUUGAAGUCAACUACUUGUAACAGGACAGAUAUACAACUAUUUGAGGUUUACAAACUACAUCUUUGAUAAGGGAAACUUGUUUCAUGACAUGUAUACAAUUGCUAUUAAAAUGUAACUAUAUAUUCUAUUUGACUGUAAAUAUUUUAUACAACAAUACAAAUAAAAUAUUUUUCUAUUAUA